AUGUGUCAUUUACCCUUAACAAAAACAAAGCAAGCAUACGCUUCUUCUCUCCUCUCGGCGUUAUCUCUCCCAAGAAACAAUCCCCUCUCUGCCUUUUUUGUUUCCUUUCGUUCCUUCAUUCGAAAUAAAAAAAAAUCAAAACUGAACCACCAUUUCAUUUCCCUUGGUUCUAAUUUAACUGCAACCGCGCUUGAGCAAGAGCGAGGGAAGCGAGCGAGCGAGCGAGAGAGAAGAAAAAUGGAUGACUACACGAGAGAGAUGAUGGACCUCAAGACCCUCGUCACUCGAACACUCGAGAAGAAAGGUGUUCUCGCUAAGAUCCGGGCGGAACUCAGAGCAAGUGUCUUUGAAGCAAUUGAGGAGGAGGAUAGGGUAGUUGAAAAUGAAGAAGGCUUGCCACCUGCAUUGCUGGGUAGCUGCAAUGACCGCGCUAAACAACUUCACGCUUCCCCAUCAGGGAGGCUAUUAACUGCACUAAUGUGCGAGUACUUGGACUGGGCUGAACUAAAUCACACACUUAAAGUGUAUUUACCUGAGUGCAACUUGCAAAAGGAUGCAUGGAAAGCAGAAUUAAAAGAAUUCAGUAGCAAGAAUGGGUACGAUCUCAACAGGAAUGGAGAUAGCGGUCCUUUGCUUCUCGAUGUACUCGAAGGAUUCUUGAAGUACGAGAAUCUAACUCAAGGUAGGGGAUCUGGAAGGAGAGUGUCGGAAAAUGAGUCUUUAUCUAACUUAGAUUCAAGGAAUGUGCGGAGGCCCUCUUCAUCAUCGGUUGCUGGUGGGAUACCUCCGUUAGGAAGGUGCGGAGCCAGUUUUAAUUUAGCAAUGUGAAGUACCAUAUGUUCAACUCAUUAAAUAAUCGUUUUCUUUUUGGCAUGUUCAAUUACAGGCCAGGUGCAUCAUCGUCAUCUGACAGGAGAGCAGGGUCUUCUAUAAGCGGUGGUUACAGAAAAGAUGACUACAACUGGAGGUAUGAUGGUGAUGAGAUCCCCGAGGAAGUAAAUCGAGCUUCAGCUGCACUUGAAAACCUUCAGUUGGACAGGAAAGCUCGUAAUCUAACAUCAUCCUGGCGGUCUGCUGGGGAUGGGAUGAGCGACGAUGAUGGAAGGGCCGAUCAUAUCUAAGCCUGAAAAAUUGACAUUUCUUCUUUUGCUUGUGUAGUGUAGUGUGUAUUUGUGUUGUUGAAUCCAUGCAUUGUGUUUAACGAUUUGCUCAGAAAGCAAGAAACUAACAAGAGGGAAAGAUACUGGGUAGUGCUAUUUGUAUGAUUUCCCCCUCUUCACUCUGGCCUUUUUUCCCUAGUAUUCCACACGAGCAUUCUUGUUAUCUCUUCUCGUCUCCCUCUUCGUGAUUUCUGUGCAACUAUUUGUCGAGUUUCUCUUGCAGUGCGUCAAACAUCGUUCGUCGGAUAGUAAUAUAUUUACA